AUGAGUCAAAGGAGAAAGGCAUCCGCUUUCCUGCCUGUGAAGCUUGCCACCACCCCUGGGUUUCUGCUGACAGUGGAACAGUCCGACCUGCUCUGGGCUCUGUUGUUGUGCAGAGCUGCAGAAGGCCUGUCAGAGCCAAGCAGGGAGAGAGCUAUAGUGGACGUACUUCUACAGACAAGAGACGUCGGAGAACAAGUUCUUUUGGGACCAUACCAUCGUCAGGGAUCACGCACUGCCGAGGAAAGGACAGAAGCCAGGAGAAGGCCCCCACGAGGAGGCUGGAGUGAAAGUGACAGAGACGCAAGCUGCGGACAAGGAGAGGAAGGGGAAGAGGUGGGGUGCUUGUAA